AUGGCGGAAGUCUACUAUAUCGGCGUGGACGUGGGAACGGCUAGUGUCAGAGCUGCUUUGGUGUCCAAAAACGGUCAUUUGAAGACUGUUGCUCAAGAGCCCAUUAGCAUCUGGGAGCCUCACACGGACCAUUACGUACAGUCUUCUUCUGAGAUAUGGAGGAAAUGCUGCUCCGUUGUCAAGGAAGUAACCAGAGAUGUGAACAAGAACCAGGUGAGAGGGAUCGGAUUUGAUGCCACCUGUUCUCUGGUGGUGUUGGACCAAAGCUUCCAACCUGUAGCGGUCAAUCGGGACGGUAACAAAGAGAGAAACGUGGUGAUGUGGAUGGACCAUCGUGCCGCUGAGCAGGCCGCCAGGAUCACAAGCACAGGCCACGGUGUCCUGAGGCGGGUCGGAGGGGUCAUGUCACCAGAGAUGCAACCACCGAAGCUACUCUGGCUCAAAGAGAAUCUAAGGGAAAGCUGUUGGAACCAAGCCGCUCACUUUUUUGACCUUCCAGACUUCCUGUCGUGGAAGGCCACGGGAUCUUUGACCAGAUCCCUUUGCACUCUGGUUUGCAAAUGGACCUACUGCCCCCCUCAGGGAUGGGACGCCACUUUUUGGACUUCAAUAGGACUGAAGGAUCUCACUGAAAAGAACUUUUCCAAAAUAGGCAACGUGACGUGUUCCCCGGGGAGUCCGCUCGGGGACGGCCUGACUCGGGAAGCGGCGGCAGAUCUGGGUUUAAAUACGGGAACUGCAGUCGGGGCGUCGCUCAUUGAUGCUCAUGCUGGAGGACUCGCCAUGAUAGGAGCAGACGUAAAAGGCUUUCAGCUGCCGUGCGAGGGCCGGCCGAUCACGUCGCGCGUGGCCAUGAUCUGCGGGACGUCGUCUUGUCACAUGGCGAUCAGUGAACAGCCGCUAUUCGUGCCGGGAGUUUGGGGUCCCUGCCUGUCCGCCAUGGUGCCGGACUUGUGGCUCAACGAGGGGGGACAGAGUGCCACGGGGCGCCUGAUUGAGCACAUGGUGAAGGGGCACGCCGCGUACAUGCUGCUCCAAGAAAAGGCACAGCAGAGCAGCGCGGACGACGACAACGGCGGCAUCUACAGCUACUUGAACAAGCACCUAAGCCGAAUGGCUUCGGCAUGUUCCACCGUCGAUUCCCUGGCUUCCGGUCUUCACGUGUGGCCGGACUUUCACGGGAACCGGUCGCCGCUGGCUGACCCUACCUUGAAGGGCAUGGUGGUGGGGCUGUCUCUUUCUCAUACUCUGGAUGAUUUGGCUUUGCUGUACUUGGCCACCGUACAAGCCCUGGCGCUGGGUACACUUCAUAUUCUGGAGGCGAUGAAAGAAGCAGGGCACUCGAUUGAAACCAUCUUCCUGUGUGGAGGGUUGAGCAAGAACCACUUGUUUGUGCAGACUCAUGCCAAUGCCACAGGCUUACCUGUAGCGUUGCCAGAACAGAGCGAGGCCGUACUGGUGGGAGCGGCCAUUCUUGGAGCGUGUGCGUCCCGGGAACACGGCACUAUACAGGAGGCCAUGGCAAAAAUGGCCAAAGUGGGAAAAGUUGUCCAACCUGACCGCACACUUCAAAGUUUUUACCAAAAAAAGUACAAAGUGUUUCGGCGCCUCGUCGACCACCAGAGGGAGUACCAAGCCCUCAUGAGCACUUUUGGGAUAGAGGAAGGUCAUUAG